UGACAAAACAAAGAUAGACAAAACCUUUACUUGAGUCCCAUCAUAUGAUCGUCUGCCUGACUGCCGAGUGUUGCUGUGUGCUGCUGUUGUGACUCUCCCUCCUCUCACUCCUCUCACCAAUCACCAUGGCUCUCAGCGAUGCCGACGUCCAGAAGCAGAUCCAUCACAUGAUGGCCUUCAUAGAACAGGAGGCCAAUGAGAAAGCUGAAGAGAUUGAUGCCCGGGCUGAGGAAGAGUUCACCAUUGAGAAGGGACGGCUGGUGCAGCAGAACAGACUCAAGAUUAUCGAGUUCUACGAGAGGAAGGAAAAGCAAGUGGAGCUGCAGAAGAAGAUUGGCGCCAGUAACCUGCUCAACAAGUCCCGCCUGGAGGUGCUGAAGGCGCAGGAGAACCACAUUCGCAACGUCCUGCAUGAGGCUCAGGGCAAGCUGGUGAUCCUGACGCAGAACCCCGAUGCAUACACCAGGCUGCUGCAGGACCUCAUCUGCCAAGGACUCUGCCAGCUAUUGGAGCCCAGUGUAAUGCUGAGGUGCCGGCGUCAGGACCAAGCGCUGGUGGAGAGGGCCAUUCCUGGAGCACUGGCUAACUUCAAGAGCAUUGCUGGCCGAACAUCCAAGGUGGAAAUCGAUAGCACUAACUGGCUGCCUGCUGAGAUCUGCGGCGGUGUGGAGUUGGUGGUGAUGCCAGGGAACCGCAUCAAGAUCUCCAACACCCUGGAGGCGCGUCUGGACAUGUUGGCCCAGCAGAUGUUGCCUGAGGUGCGCACCAUGCUGUUCGGCGCCAACCCCAACAGAAAGUUUGAUAAUUAAGGGGGCUGUUUGUGCUUGCUUUUCUCUCUCUCUCUCUCUCUGUUCUUCCUAACUUCCUUGCUUCUCUCUCUCUCUCUCUCUCUCUCUCUCUCUCUCUCUCUCUCUCUCUCUCUCUCUCUCUCUCUCUCUCUCUCUCUCUCUCUCUCUCUCUCUCUCUCUCUCUCUCUCGUAGUAUCAGUGUCAGCCCCAAGCACAAGACUACGUUGCUAAUCUUAUCAUUGUUGUUGUGUCGUUGUCCUCACCAGGGAAGGAAGCCUCGUGUCUUCCUUAUGUACAUACAAACUCACUGGGCACAGCAGGAGUGUGGACUCAAUUGGUACAUAGUUAUGAUGCAUUGAAGACUUUUAUCAGUUAUGAGAAUAAAGAGAAUAUUAAUAAUAAGAAUUUUAGUAUUAGUUUUAAAGGGCUCAUGUAACUUUGUUGGUGUUGUUACUGCUGCAGCUUCCUUGUGAGGUGGGAAGUGGUGGGAAACAGGAUGAGUGAAGACAGACCACUAUUGUUGUUAUUAUUAUUAUUAUUGUCAUUGUUAAUUAGGUAGUACUGGUGAAUCACAGCUUACAAAUGAGUUACGGUUCUUGAGAAAUUCAUGAAUGAGAAAAUUUGUAGAUCAGAAACAACUGUAGAUUUUUAUUUUUGACAAUUUCAUGUAUUUUAAGGUAAUUUUUAUGCUAUGCAAAAUCUAUAUUCACAAAUUGAGACAAAGGACAGAAUUACUUUACUCAACUUCAAGAAUUUGCAAAGGUAGAUUCACCAGUAUUAGAAUUACAGUUGUUCGUAACAGUAUUAAUGUUGAAGAGAUCGGCAUGGCAAUCAAACUGGCGUCACCGUCAUUCUGGUGCUCAGACACACACUCACUCAUCACCUCAUAGGAUAUCAUGUCUUAAAUUAGUUUCCAGCACAAAAACUGGCAACAAAUCGUAGUAUCCAGGUUGUGGCCACCAGUGGGUUUGUCAAUAUUGAGGUGUUACCAUCCUGCAGGAGAGGUCAUGUUUAGCCAGCUGUUCUUGGUGUCUUAGCUGUCUGUCAGUAUUUGGCUGGCUUGGUCAGAACAUUCCAUUCAACACAUGCACUUAUGCAGAGGUUAGUUGUGUACAUAGCAAGUCAUUCCUCCCCUCACUGUUGGUUUACCCAGGGAAGUGUCUGAUCUUCAACCUAACAGGGAGCAAAGUACUGAAUAUGCAAGUCUAUUUAGUGGCGACAGUUUGGGUGACUGUUUAUCAGCGUCAGAAGUCUGUCAGCACUCACACUGCUGACUGAGGAGAGGUGUGGUCUGUCUGUCUGUCUGGCUGUCUGGCAUGUCUCAACACAUUUAAUCCUUUCAUUACCAUAUCCAACAAUUUGCACCACUAAAGACACAAUACAAGAUCCUUUAUAAGCACCUGCAGGAAAGAGAAGGAAUUAAAGAACCUUCCAGUGUCUAACCUAUAUAAUGUUCAGAGAUGGCUGGAGAACAAAGAGAAACAUCAUAAGUAGUUUGCAAUUAAGACGAGGUGUGCCAAACUGCAGGAAAAAAGUUAAAGAGGGAGUCAUUUGGCCCUCUAUCCAGUCCUACCUUAAUAUUGAUCAUGCAGGAGUGUGGUGCUUCUCCAUCCUCAAAAUCAUGAGUGUGUAUCUAUUCAUUUCUAAAUUGCAGGCAAACAGUUAAGCAGAGCAGUCAUUUGUCCCUCUAACCCUACUCUCACUAUACUAUUGAUCAUACUAGCUUGUGGCGUCUCUGUCCCCCAAAUCAUGAGUGUCUAUUCAUCAUUCAUUCCUAAACGCUUCAUUGCACAACCAAGUAUUCUCCACGGCUGACUGAUUGGCCUUUGUAAUACUAUGAGUGGCCGCCGACCGUGAUGCAUGAACACGUGUCAUGGUAUGCGAGCCGUGUUAUCGGUGCCACAGGUCGUUUAGCAGGAAGUGGCUCCCCAAUGCUUAGUUCAGUAUGUAGUGUGAAUGUUUUAUUUAGUAAUCUUUCCAGCCUGUGAUUUAUUUACGUUGCCUUGACUCUGGAUCUCUCCCACCCACCCAGAAGAGUAAGGUUGUGAUUAUAAGAAGUGAAGGGGUGAGGCUAGACCAGGUCAGAGGAAUAUGAUGAACUGAAACUGAAAUAUAAACUAGUGUGUGAAUCCCAAAUGUUGUAAAUACAGAUUACCGUAAUGGGUGAAUACACGUGAAAGACGAAAGUUACUGAUACUGCAUAUUUUGUAGAUACAGAUCACAUUAAUGGCUGAUCACAUGUAAAUGAAGAAAGUUGACAUUGUUGUGAAGAAGAGAUAAGGUAAUGCAAACUGAUUCACUGUGACCUUUCAGACACUAAAACAAAUAGAUACCCAGACAGACAGACAGACAGACAGAAGCAUGAAUGAGACCACCACCUCCAUAGGACCUGAAAUGUACCUCUUAUUUAACCCAUUCAGUGCUAUUAGGUACAUUUUUCCUUACACUAACCACUCGAGGACAUUUCUUCUCAUUUACUGCUGUUUCCAAACAUCAAACUAGCUAGAAACUGCGAAAUAUAUUAUCUUUUUCCUCUCUUACUUACAGGUGGUUAUAAAACUGUCAUGCAUUACUCUUUCUUCUGUAAAUUCUUGUAUAUCACAGUGAAAUGGUUAAACUUCAUGUCGAGGGUCUAGCAGCAUCCCUGAGACUGACUCCUCUGUCCCUAUUUCGUCCCUUGAUGUUACUGGUAUUGUUGGUGGUUUUAGUAAGUGGCAGUGAGUCAUGAAAAAAAAAUAAUAAAGGGUCAUGUACAUAUAUUA